AUGUGUUAUCAAGGAAGACAAUGCCUCACAUUAAGUCAUGCUGUUUCACAGACUCUGAGCUGGACAGAGGUGCUAACCCUGAAGAACCUCUCCAGAAUCCAAGCUGCUGAAUCUUCCUUGCUGCCUGCAGAGGCUCCAAACCACCUUUUGACAAUGGUAAACUGGGUGGUUAAUCACUGGUUUUCAGUUUUGUUUCUGGUUGCUUGGUUGGGGCUGAAUGUUUUCCUGUUCGUGCAUGCCUUCCUGUCAUUUGAGAAGGCCACCAAGUACUACUACACAAGACAAAUACUGGGGUCAGCGCUGGCCUGGGCCCGAGCCUCUGCUCGCUGCUUGAAUUUUAACAGCAUGCUGAUCCUUCUUCCCGUGUGUCGAAAUUUGCUGUCUUUCCUGAGAGGCACCUGCUCAUUUUAUAGGAGUACCCUGAGAAAGCAACUGGAUCACAACCGCGCCUUCCACAAACUGGUGGGAUAUAUGAUCUGCCUACACACAGCUAUUCACAUCAUUGCACACCUGUUUAACCUUGAACGAUAUAGCAGAAGCAGACAGGCCACAGAUGGAUCCCUUGCUUCCAUUCUCUCCAACCUACCUCAUCAGGAGAAUUAUUCAUGGCUAAAUCCCAUCCAGUCCCCAAAUACAACAGUGGUGUAUGUGACAUUCACCAGCAUUGCUGGUCUCACUGGAGUGAUCAUCACAAUGGCUCUGGUUCUCAUGGUGACUUCAGCUAUGGAAUUCAUCCGGAGGAGUUAUUUUGAGGUCUUCUGGUAUACACACCACAUUUUUAUCAUCUACUUCAUUGGCUUAGGAAUUCAUGGUCUUGGUGGAAUUGUCCGGGGUCAAACAGAAGAGAGCAUGGCUGAGAAUCAUCCUCACAAGUGUGCAGAGUUUUUUGAGAAGUGGGAUGAUCCUGCCUCCCACUGCAAGCCUCCCCAGUUUGAAGGGCUCCCUGCUGAGUCUUGGAAAUGGAUCCUUGCACCAGGCAUUCUUUACAUCUUUGAAAGGAUCCUUCGAUUUUACCGCUCUCAGCAGAAGGUUGUGAUUACCAAGGUUGUCAUGCACCCAUCCAAAGUUUUGGAAUUGCAGAUGCACAAGCAUGGCUUCAGUAUGGAAGUGGGACAGUAUAUUUUUGUUAAUUGCCCCUCAAUCUCUAACCUGGAGUGGCAUCCCUUUACCCUGACCUCUGCUCCAGAGGAAGACUUCUUCUCCAUUCAUAUCCGAGCAGUGGGGGACUGGACAGAAAAUCUCAUAAGGACUUUUGAAAAACAGUAUUCGCCAGUUCCCAGGAUCCAGGUGGACGGACCUUUUGGCACUGCCAGUGAGGAUGUUUUCCAGUAUGAAGUGGCUGUGUUGGUUGGAGCGGGAAUUGGGGUUACCCCCUUUGCUUCUAUCUUGAAAUCCAUCUGGUACAAAUUUCAGCAUGCAGAUCAGAACCUCAAAACACAAAAGAUCUAUUUCUACUGGAUCUGCAGGGAGAUGGGUGCUUUUGCUUGGUUCAAUGACCUAUUGGCUUCCCUGGAACAGGAGAUGGAGGAACUAGGCAAAGUGGGUUUUCUAAACUACCGUCUGUUUCUCACCGGAUGGGACAGCAACUUUGCUGGUCAUGCAGCACUAAACUUUGAUAAGGCCAAUGACAUCCUGACAGGUCUGAAACAGAAAACCUUCUUUGGGAGACCUAAGUGGGACAAUGAGUUCUCUACAAUAGCUACCGCUCACCCCAAGUCGGCGGUGGGAGUCUUCCUAUGUGGUCCGCAGACUUUGGCAAAGAGCCUGAGCAAAUGCUGUCGCCAGUACUCCAGCCUGGAUCCUAGGAAGGUUCAAUUCUACUUCAACAAAGAAAAUUUCUGA